AUGGCAGACCUUCAGAAUCGCCUUCAGGAGGCCUCGAAGGAGGAACUCUCCCAGGUCCUCGUCGCCGUCUGUGGCCAUGCCACCACCCGCGACCACGUCGAGAGCGUCCUCGACUACCUCGACGACAAGAAGAAGACGGCCACCGAGGCCGCCACCAACCGCCGCACCCGUCGCCAGUCCACCCGCGCCUCGUCCGAGGCCUCUCAGGGCUCCAACCAGGCGGUCCCCAAGACGGUCAAGCGCACCAUCAAGAUGUGCAAGCUCUGCGAGAAGCCGUACAUUGAGAAGGAGAACCUGAGCAAGUCGUGCUUCUCUCAUCCCGGCCACUGGCUUCUCGAGUGCGAGAAGGAUGACCACGUCUGGUUCGAGGACCUUGACAAGGCGACCGAGGAGUUCACGUCCAACCCGCACGCGCUGCGCAUCAUGAGCUGCUGCAACGCCGAGAAGGGUUUCAGCAAGGGUUGCGUCAAUGGCAAGCAUGUCGCCAUGGUCGUCGAGGCCCAGUCCGAGGCUUCCAAGAGCGCGGAGGAGAGCUCUUCCGACAACUAA